UCUGCGUUUCACAGUCAAGUCGGCAAAAAGGUGGCCUUUCUAUUGUACUAGGGUUUCAAAAGAUGGACAGCUUGCACAGCUUUUGGCAGUUGGGAGAUGAGCUUCGAGGACACUCGAAAACAUCAGAGGAUCAUAAAUGGUUAAUGGUUGCUUCCAAAUUGGCUGAACAAACAAGGUCAAAGGGAGAGCGUGUCAAUAAUCUUGAUCUAACAAAAGGCCCAAUAGAAACAAGGUCAAGGGAUAAGUUUGGGAUCCAAGAAGAUAACAAGUUUGACACUCUGAACUUCAGCAUGCUGAACCUGGAAUCUAAGUUUGCUGAAAAUGUGAGCAAGAGUUCCCUCAGGAAUGGAGUUUAUAAUAUGAAUGUGGUGUACCCAAAAAGCAAUGCAGGCUUAGUGGCAAACAUCAGUGGCAACAAGUAUAACAACAAUCUCCAGAACAACAAGGAGUCCAACAAUAAUGGAAGCAACGGUAACAAUGAAAACAGCGGCACAAAUGCAGCUGACAAAAGGUUCAAGACCUUGCCUGCAUCAGAGACGCUCCCACGAAAUGAGGUGCUUGGUGGAUACAUCUUUGUCUGUAACAAUGACACGAUGCAAGAAGACUUAAAGCGUCAGCUCUUUGGUUUGCCACCAAGAUAUCGGGAUUCUGUUCGGGCAAUAACACCAGGGUUACCUCUUUUCCUGUAUAACUACACUACUCAUCAGCUGCAUGGUGUCUUUGAGGCUGCAAGUUUUGGGGGCUCUAACAUAGAUCCAACUGCAUGGGAGGAUAAAAAGUGCAAAGGCGAGUCAAGGUUUCCAGCUCAGGUGAGGACCCGUGUCAGGAAACUUUGCAGUGCGCUGGAAGAAGAUGCAUUCAGGCCAGUCUUACAUCACUAUGAUGGUCCAAAAUUCCGUCUUGAGCUGUCUGUUCCUGAGACCCUGAAUCUGCUAGACCUAUGCGAACAAGCAGGCUCAGCAGCGUAAGCACACGUUGGAAUGCACAAUAUAGUAGGUAGGUUUUUGUUGUGCUGGCUGUGUGCGUUUGGCAGGUUUUUCCAUGAAGCGUAAGCUUGGAAAUUAGUCUGUUUUGGAGAUCUCAUCUUGGUGGAUUUCUGGUGAAGUGGUGAGACGCUGCUGAAUAAAUGCUGUCUGUGGUGUCGCUUUGAAGACGCUUGGUAGCUGAUGUAUGACAUUUGAUGCCGCCAUUGUAAUAUUAAUUACAGAGUCGCUAUGGUGUCAUAGAGAAUGACAGCCAUAUUUGUGGGUGAAAACUUGUGUAUUCUUGUUCAGUUGAGAAGAACAACUUAUGUACGACUACCCUAUCGAGUUUGUAGAACUACUUUCCUGCUCGAUUUCUAUCGGGUAAUCUAAAUCGAAAUGGUUAUUUCAUUA